AUGAGACUAUCCGACUUCGGGCUCAUCAACCAUAGAUGGCACAAGAACGAUCGCCACAACAAGUAUGCCGGCUGCGACGCCAUUAUCAGGUGUGCUGGUGCUCAGUGAGCUCGUACGACGCAGUUGCUGCCGACGCGAGCAUGAGUCCCAGAUUUCCACUCGUUCAAGCUGCAACAAUACGUGUGAGUGGCAGCCCACAACUACAGCCCCGCCCAGUCAAUCAUCACCGGUCAUCCAUUGUGCUAUGUCUCAAGCAUUACAUUCAUCCGUGUGAUUCUUCCCCCGAAACUCAAUGACGCUGCGAUGCAUCUCGAGCGACGAGUACUGCUGAGAUUGCGCGCUGUAGGGUCUCUAACCUAGCCUAG